AUGCCUAGCGGAAACGGAUACAGCUACAAGGGCCACGGCACCAACAGCCAGGGCAACCACUACAGCGCCCGUGACUACGGCAACGGAUCCAACUCGUACCACUACUCCAACACUAACGGAUCCUACUACUACUCCAACCCCAACGGUAGCACUUACUACAACAGCGGCAGUGGCUCGUCCACGUACACCUCGCCCAGUGGUAACUCCUACUCGAGCUCGGGCUCUGGUAGCUCCGGCUCCGGCUCCGGCUCUUCUGGAAACUCCAAGUGA